ACGCGACAGGGGCGGCUCUUUCCUGGGUGGGGUUUCUGAAGUCGUGGCCCGUUAGCAGGAAGCCGAGCAGUUGCCCUGACGCUAGCGAGGGACCCAAUCCGAAACCCCAGUCCCGAGUCCGUGCUGUGUGUACUGUGUGCUCAGCGCUGCCCGACAGCUCCUAGCCGAACUUCCAUCAACUCUGCCACUUUUGCAGCCACCAUGCCUAAGACGAUCAAUGUGCGUGUGACCACCAUGGAUGCAGAGCUGGAGUUUGCUAUCCAGCCCAACACCACUGGGAAACAGCUGUUUGAUCAAGUGGUAAAAACUAUUGGCCUGAGGGAAGUUUGGUUCUUUGGUCUGCAGUACCAGGACACUAAAAGUUUCUCUACUUGGCUGAAACUCAAUAAAAAGGUGACUGCCCAGGAUGUGAGGAAGGAAAGCCCCCUACUCUUCAAGUUCCGAGCUAAGUUCUACCCUGAGGAUGUAUCUGAGGAAUUGAUCCAGGACAUCACCCAGCGCCUGUUCUUCCUGCAAGUGAAGGAGGGCAUUCUCAAUGAUGAUAUUUACUGCCCACCUGAGACUGCUGUGCUGCUGGCCUCCUAUGCUGUCCAGUCUAAAUAUGGUGACUUCAAUAAGGAAGUCCACAAGUCUGGCUACUUGGCUGGGGACAAGUUGCUGCCACAGAGGGUCCUGGAGCAGCAUAAACUCAACAAGGACCAGUGGGAGGAGCGGAUCCAGGUGUGGCAUGAGGAGCACCGGGGCAUGCUUAGGGAAGAUGCUGUCCUAGAGUAUCUGAAGAUUGCCCAGGACCUGGAGAUGUAUGGUGUGAACUACUUCAGCAUCAAGAACAAGAAAGGCUCAGAGCUGUGGCUGGGGGUGGAUGCUCUAGGUCUCAACAUCUAUGAGCAGAAUGACAGACUGACUCCCAAGAUAGGCUUUCCCUGGAGUGAAAUCAGAAACAUUUCUUUCAAUGACAAGAAAUUUGUCAUCAAGCCCAUUGACAAAAAAGCCCCGGACUUUGUCUUUUAUGCUCCCCGGCUGCGGAUUAACAAGCGUAUCUUGGCCCUGUGCAUGGGGAACCAUGAACUAUACAUGCGCCGCCGCAAGCCUGACACCAUUGAGGUGCAGCAGAUGAAGGCACAGGCCCGGGAGGAGAAGCACCAGAAACAGAUGGAACGUGCUUUGCUGGAAAAUGAGAAGAAGAAGCGUGAGAUGGCAGAAAAGGAGAAGGAGAAGAUCGAACGGGAAAAGGAGGAACUGAUGGAGAAACUGAAACAGAUUGAGGAACAGACUAAGAAGGCUCAGCAUGAACUGGAAGAACAGACCCGCAGGGCUCUGGAGCUUGAGCAGGAGCGGAAGCGUGCCCAGAGUGAGGCUGAAAAACUAGCCAAAGAGCGUCAAGAAGCUGAAGAGGCCAAGGAAGCCCUGUUGCAGGCCUCUCAGGAUCAGAAGAAGACCCAGGAACAGCUGGCCUUAGAAAUGGCAGAGUUGACAGCUCGAAUCUCCCAGCUGGAGAUGGCCCGACAGAAGAAGGAAAGUGAAGCUGUGGAAUGGCAGCAGAAGGCUCAGAUGGUACAAGAAGAUUUGGAGAAGACCCGUGCUGAGUUGAAGACUGCUAUGAGUACACCUCAUGUAGCCGAGCCUGCUGAGAAUGAGCAGGAUGAGCAGGAUGAGAAUGGGGCAGAGGCCAGUGCUGACCUGCGGGCUGAUGCCAUGGCCAAGGACCGCAGUGAGGAGGAACGUACCACUGAGGCAGAGAAGAAUGAGCGUGUGCAGAAGCAUCUGAAGGCCCUCACUUCAGAACUGGCCAAUGCCCGCGAUGAGUCCAAGAAGACUGCCAAUGACAUGAUACAUGCUGAAAACAUGCGACUUGGCCGAGACAAAUACAAGACCUUGCGUCAGAUCCGGCAGGGCAAUACCAAGCAGCGCAUCGAUGAAUUUGAGUCGAUGUAAUGGUCACCCCAACUGUAGGGACCCCUCCUCCCUUCCUCCUUGCCCCCACACUCUUUUACUCUUGCCUAACACUGUGCUGAAGCCACUAACUAGAACAGCCCUGGAGUCAUGCCAAGCAUUCAGUGUAGCCAUGGGACCAAACCUAGCCCCUCAGCUCCCACUCACUUCCUUGGACAAGUAAAUGGCCCACAAUGGUGCCAAUUGGACCCUCUUUCCCUCUGUCCCAUUUAAUAUAGCUUACAGGAAAAGACCACUUCCCUAGCCCAGAGGCACUUCGCACUUGAUUUGAGAAAUACCCCCUCAUUUACUGUUGUUCUGUAGGGGUGAAGUGUGGUAUUGGUUGAAAAAUAACCCCCACAUCCCUGCCACAGACUGCCUUCCUUUUCAGGGUCCUGUGAUUUGCAGAAAAUCACAUGGUUUAGGAAAGGAGGCACGGCCCUGAGUAUAUGCUCUAGGAUGUCAAAUGACCUAGGGUUAGCCCUUCCAAUUCCCAUUUCUUCUAGAGUUAUUUAGGCUUUAUAAUGAUUGGAAGCUAAAAAGAUGUUCAUUCUUCUCUAUGCCUUCCAGAUGGGGCCUGUUACAAACUCAGUUCUAGUAAGUUUUAUCCCUGAGUUUAGGAAUUCAGUUUCUCCCCAUGGUGAGAUGGCAGGAGACAGUACCUUCAAGAGACUUCACCAAUGUUUUAGAAGGCUGUUGGCCAUUCACUUCAGGCAAGGCUGGAUAGGAGAGCCUACCCUAAUGUUUUAUAGGAGCCUAGGCUUGUUUCAAGUGAGCUUUAUGGGCGGAAAAUGUAUUAUUCUGAGUUCCUUCCUUCAUGAGAUCUGCCCCUCCCCACUCCAACCCCCAAAUUCCCUCCAGCUAGAAUGGUAGGGAUGGUUACCCAAAAACAUAGCCAGUCCCAUCCAGCACUCUUGCCAAAGGGAGGAAAUGUUCACACUGGGCUUCAGUAUUUUUUCUUCCAGGGUUCUAAGGUCACUUCUUUCAUCAGAGCUUCCAUCAGAGCUAUGUGGGCCACCAUUCCUGCUUCAGGGCCAUCCAUGCCUUAGUAUGGUGAGCUCUGGAGCUUGAUGCCAGUUGGUUCAAUUGGUGAGUGGGUAGAAGAUGCUGAGUGUGGUGAGAAAAGCCUUCAGCCUGGAUCCCACUGUUUACUUGACCCCCUGAGAUCCCUAAUAGCUCCUUUCCCUCACCCCCUCCAAGGUGAUGAAUGGGCCCUGCUUCUGUUUAACAAACCUCUACCCAAGUCUUGCCCCAGCUGUGCUGCCCCUUGAAGUUGUAAACCAGAGAGCUGUUGGGGUCUCUGGUCUGGUCCCUUCUACACUCCAACCUCUUUCUUUCAACCCAGGAUUAACCUCCCCUUCCUCUAUGUUUCAUGUGUGCUCUUUUUUUUUUUUUCAAGUAUUAUAUAUUCUAGUGGCAUCUAAUUCAAUAUUGAUUUCUGUGUUUCUUGCUAAUGCACUCUUAGAAGAUAUUAGUCUUGAAGCAGGAUCAUUUUGGCCUCAUUCCCUUACCAUCCCCACACCUGGGAAGCAUCUAUUAUAUUAUUAAAGAAUAUUUUGCCAGAAACAUUAUUGCAAGAAGCUUUCAGUAUUAGUGAUGUCACCUGUCACUAUAGGUCCUAAAGUCCCUUCUUAAAAUACUUGGUAUUUGUUUCAUUGUUUUUAUUUUGCCUUCUCCCAAGAGUUCAGUUCCCAAGGGGUUAUACUGUCCUUCCAUGCAAUGCCCCUAGCCCAGAGCCCUUGGCUUUGAUCCCUCCCUGACUUCAUUCUGACUGACCUUGGGGAGUCAUGUGCAUUUCUGUGAAUUAUAUUGACACUCUCUUGGUGAUAUGCCCUAUACUAGCUAAAUUCAAACCUGAAAUUGUAGGGCAGUUUAGCUGCCUUAAGGGCAAUAACCCAUUCACAGGGAGGCUGGGAAGAAAGGUUAGAUUUUGUAUUUAGGUUUUUGUGUGUAUGUGUAUUUUGGGGGGUUUUAAAAAAAAAUUGGAGGGGUUUAUGCUCAACUCAUGUUCUGUUUCAGUGCCAAUAAAAGUUAGGAAGACUUCUCUGUGACUUGA